GGAGUAGUGCCCAUUGGUUGGGAUGAGUACGGAGUAGUGCCCAUUGGUUGGGAUGAGUACGGAGUAGUGCCCAUUGGUUGGGAUGAGUACGGAGCAGUGGCCAUUGGUUGGGAUGAGUACGGAGUAGUGGCCAUUGGUUGGGAUGAGUACGGAGCAGUGGCCAUUGGUUUUAGCAGUUAGUAGAUCAUUAGUGAGUUUUAGUAGGGCAGUUUCAGUGGAGUGUAGUGAGGGAAAGCCAGAUUGUAAAGGAGGGGAGGAGAAGGCAAGAGUAGAGAGGGAAAGAUUGAAGAUGUGAGUGAAGGAGCAUAGGAUGGAAAGAGAGGAUGACUGUAGUAGUUGUGAGGAGACAGGAUCCAGGGGGCAGG